AUGCUCGUGGACCCGGAAAAAGGCGCCCGCAUGUGCGUGGCCGAAACGAUUACCAACCUCGUUUGGGCACCAAUUACCGAUUUACGGGUGAGCGCGAGAAAUAAACCUCCAUCGGAUCCUAUCGGAUCCAUACAUUGAAAUUGUAUAUUUAAAAAAAAUCUGGAAUCACAGAAGAACAUCUUUUGUUUAGGGAUCCGAAAAAAAAGGUUUCCAUCAUCUCAAUUUUAUGUGAAAACGCAUAAAAGCGCAACCGACCACGAUUUCAGGACGUAAAAAUGUCGGGCAACUGGAUGUGGGCGGCGAAAUGCGACGGAGAAGGCGCUCGGCUCGUCGCCGCCGUCGGAGCACUCUGCGGAGCCCUACGCGAGAUUGGAUGCGCGAUUGACGGCGGAAAAGAUUCGCUAUCGAUGGCGGUGACCGCGCGCGGCGAGCUGGUGAAGGUUUGACACGCUUUUUGGGGAGUUUUUGGGAGAAUGUUGCAAAAAUUGUAAAAACCACCAAAAAUCCUUGUGCAAUUUUGAAUCGAAAUCGUCCGACGCGCUGCCCCCGCUGCUGCCCUAGUUUAUCAGCGCCCUGGCGGCCCUUUCACGCUUUCAGCCGGCUGGCUCAAAUGGGAACGCAGUUGCUGACAUUCAGAUAAAAGGUCGCGGGUUCGUAACCCGCGACCUUUUUUUGUGCUCUGCAGAUUUUUGCCAACCGAUUUUUGCCAUGUUUUCUUCAGAGCCCCGGCACCCUGGUCCUGUCCGCCUACGCACCAUGCACAAACGUGACAAAAGUGGUAAAUCCGGCGUUGACGGCGAAAAACGGCUCGAAAAUCGUGUGGAUCAAGUGCGGAGGAGCCGGAGGAGCGAUGAGAUUGGGCGGAAGCGCGCUGGCACAAGUUUACAAACAGGUAAUAUUCUGGAAAAAGUAUUGUUUGAUCAAGCGAUUUCUCAAUGAAUCGCGUUUCAAAUGGAUAAUUUAGAGUGAUGCGUUUCCACCGAAAUUUUACACAAAAAUAGCGAAGAAAUGCUAAAUUUUCAGAUCGGCGACGAGUGUCCGGACAUUGAAAACUGGGCGGAACUCUCCAGAACUUUUGAAAUUGUGCAAGACCUACUCGAGGCGGGUGGGACCGUACUCGCCGGUCAUGACAUUUCGGACGGCGGUCUCUUGGUGACCGUACUCGAAAUGGCGUUCUCCGGAAACUGCUCAAUCGAUAUCGAUAUUCCGAACCGCCGUAAAACCGCCCUUCUCAAUCUCUUGUUCGCCGAAGAAUGCGGAAUUGUUCUGGAAGUUUUGGACCCCGAAACUGUGCUCCAAAAGUUCGGAGUCAACAAUAUCGAGUGCCACGUCAUUGGCGAAGCCAUGCCCACUUUUGGAAGCGAGGCGAAAAUUCGAAUUUCGGUGGACGCGGUGCCGGUGGUCGACUCGGAGAGCCUGGUGGAAUUGCGCGAGGAAUGGGAGGCCGUCGGCGAUCGAUUAGGACACUUUCAGACUGAAUUACAGUGUCUGGACGAGGCGAAAAAGGUUGGGGAAGUGUCGGAACCUAUCUGAAAUGUUCCAGAAUGCAUUUUUAAUGUUCAGGUCCGUAAAACGUGCCAGAAGAUCGCGUACAAAUGCGAUUUCGACUGGUUCUACGAUACUGGAUUCAUCUAUCAUCAGGAGUAUUUCAAGACAGGUUUGUCGAACGUUUUGUUGAGAAAUUUAUCUGAAAUCCACCAGGGCUGGGCAAAUUUCGACCUCGAACGCUUUUUGACGCCUGAACUUUUGACCCACUUGCAAUGAUCCGAUCGGGCCUAAACUUUGCAGGCUUCUUGGAUUUGGAUUGAAGCAUAUUGGGUCCAAGUUUCAGACCGAUCCGAUAAUCCGGUCCCGAGAUAUACAGGGUGGUCCACCGUUACCCGUACAAAAUAAAAGGUGUGUAAUUCCAAAACUAGAAGUCAGAAAGACAUGAGACUUAACAAAACGUUUACUAAGAUGUUUAACAAUAUUUAUAAGCUAAUAGUGUUGCACCCGACCUCCUUUCCUAACAAUGACAGCCCGAAGACUUCCGAAGUAACCGUUUGCCGCGGCACGCGGGAAGUCCGUGAACAAAUUGACCCCCUACCUGGCAAGGAAUUUUUUUCUCACUCCCCUACUUGUCUGGGGUUUAGCCUUUAUAUUGGCCUGUAAGACCCCAACAACGAAUAGUCCAACAAAAAAUGGUGCGGCGAGAAAUCGGGCCAUUCUUCCUUCUUGAUGAACGCUGCCAAAUUGGCCUGGAACCACUGCUAAAUGAUCUUGGCCGUGUGAGCAGGCGUAUUAUCCUAAUCUAACACCCAAUGUUGUUCUCCAAAGUAUUUGUGAGACCGAAGAAAACGUUUCUUUGUUGACGUCUCAUCUACAUAACGUACUUUUCUGAUUUUGUCAUCAUGAUCGAUGAAAACGCGUUGAGAUUGGCAUGUUCAGCUGAUGGGACAAGAAAUCAUGGCACGGACUCAGUUUGCAUUUCAGAGUGAUUUACACGGAUAUUGGACUCAUUUCCACAUCACAUUUCAUGAUAGUUUGUCUGCUCACCCCUCAGUGAAAAAGCGUACAAUGGGAACGGGGUGCAGACUAAUCGGUGCUAUUUGGCUGAAACAAAUCCGUUUGGUCUGAGACUCGGCCAAAUAGUUAAGAACAUGAUAAUAUACAAAAUUUUGAAUUAGGGCCACACCAGAAUUGCGUCAGUACCUGCGCGCGCCGCGUGAAACUUUUGUACGGGUAACGGUGGACCACCCUGUACUGGUUUUACGAAAAUUGCUGCCCAUUCGGUCUCCGAUCUAAAUAUCUCAGGACCGGAUGAUCGGAUCGGUCUGAAACGUCCACGGAGCCUGCAAAGUUUGGUCCCCAUCGAAAGUACAAGCCUUAAAAGCCCCUUUCAAUUCCAGCUCCCCGAGUAGCUAUUAUCCGUGAAGAAGGCUCGAACGGCGACCGAGAAAUGGCCUCCGCGUUCACUUUGGCCGGUUUCCAGACGUAUGACGUCACGAUGACCGAUAUUUUGGCUGGACAUUCACUCGAAGCGUACAGGUACGUCUGGAAAUUUUCGGGCUUCCUUUUGAAAUGUUUUUUUUCGCAGAGGCGUCGCAUUUGUUGGCGGCUUUUCCUAUGCCGAUGUUCUCGGAUCUGCUAAAGGUAAAGAAGGAUUCCUGUAGGUUACUGUACGACACUUUUUUUCUUAAAGGCUGGGCAGCGGGAGUGCUGUUCAACGAGCGUGUCGCGCGUGAAUUCGAGAACUUCCGCUCGAGACCCAACACGUUUUCGUACGGAGUCUGCAAUGGUUGUCAGUUGAUGGCCCAAUUGGGAUGGAUUGGGGACGAGCAAGAAAGUGGGCCUACAGUAUAUCUCGAUGAAAAUGAGUGCGGCCGCUUUGAGAGCUCGUUCGGGCCGGUUAAGGUGAGCUCUUUGCAAGUGUCGUAACCGUAAUUUUGUCCAGAUUGAAAAAUCGGCAAGCAUCAUGCUCGCCGGCAUGGAAAACGCCGUCCUCGGGCUGUGGUCGUCGCACGGCGAAGGUCGUUUCACGUACCGUAACCGCUCGGAAACCGUUCGCCGCCUCACCGCCCACGCACAAAUCGCCAUCCGAUUCUGCGACGAUCGCGGCAAGACGUCCGACGAUUACGAUAGCCCGAAACUACCGUACCCCUGGAACCCGAACGGAUCGGCGGGUGACGUGGCGGCGGUGUGCAGUCGCGACGGACGUCAUCUCGCAAUGAUGCCUCACGCGGACCGCGCAUUUGUCACGUGGCAAUGGGCUGUGGGGGACGAGGAGGUGGCGUGGAAGACGAGAUUCGGGCCGCACGAGGUGGCACUCGCGCCCUGGAUUCGAAUGUUCCGCAAUGCGUUCGACUGGUGCAGGGAAUAG